AUGGCGCAUCGAGCCCCCAGCAUGCGCUACAUGGGGCUGAAGGUGGUGCAGGGGUUGCAGGAGGCAGCGGCAGCGCUCUCCUCGGCCACCGCCUCCCUCCCGGAGGCCAUGCAGCGCGGGCUGGACGCCUACCGGCGGCAGCUGACCAGCGUGAUGCUGCUCACCGGCGCCGCCAUGGCCCCCACCCUCAACCCAAAGGGCUCCAGCCAGCCAGACAGCGUGGAGCGGCUGCUGGUGCGCCUGCUGCCCCGCCCCUCAGAGCGCACCGUGUUCACUGGGGACGUCGUCGCCUUUGCCUCGCCCUUGACGCUGGCGGCGGCGGCGGCGCCCGGCGGCGGCGGCCUGGCCGGCGCGCUGGGCCUGCCCCCGGGCGGCGCGGCGGCUGCGGCGGCGGCGGAGGACGCGGCGGAGCGGCUGGCAAACACGAUGGUGCGGCGGGUGGCGGCGAUGCCGGGGGACGAGCUGGUGACUGGGGAGGAUGAGGAGGCGGCGGGGUUUGAGAGCCUGGUUGUGCCAGAGGGCCACUGCUGGGUGCUUGCCGACAACGCGCAGCUGGAGCCGCCGCGCGUGAUCGACAGCCGCGCCUUUGGGCUGCUGCCGCUGUCGGCCAUCGUGGGGCGCGUGCUCUACUGCGCACGCUCCCACACCGACCACGGACCCGUGGAGAACAGCGAGGAGGGGAUGGCGGCGGAUGCGCCGGUGCUGGAGGCGGAGCUCGAUGUCGAGGCGCUCUGCAGCGACUGA